AUGCGGCGGACAUUCCGGACAGGAGUUGGACUUGUUGAACACCUUCAGAUCAACUGCAUCGCUCGGACCUCAUCAACUGUCUUUCCGGCCGCCUCUACCUCGUCCUCUACUCCGCCAACUAACACUGACAGCUCUCCUGAACCGCCACCUCCAUCCUCCUCCUCCUGCCCAUCCUCCUCCGCUGUUUCAGCGCCUGUCGUUGUGGCGCCUGCCAAGCACACCAACACUGCGCACAAUCUUGACACAUCCUUAAACAUCAACACCACCGCCGUCGACACCAGAGGCGAGGACCAAGAUUACACCUGCCCUCACUGCGACCGCGCCUUCACCUCACACAUAGGCCUGGUCGGUCACUUGCGAAUCCAUCAAACAGAGACUAGCGAACCGGUGCCUGAAGCACCAAUCUUCGCCCGCCGCACCUGCCUUCACUGUCCACACUGCCCUCGCACUUUCACGCAUCGCAUGGGCCUUUCGGCCACAUACAUAUCCACGAGAACGGAAUUGCCUGCAGUCCCGUCAAACCCACCACGCCCAGUCCCACCCUCACUUUGUCACCUUGUGCGCCCAUCAUCAUCACCGCCACCUCCUUAA